UGUGGAAUAUAAAAAGCCGUCAUGCUUCUGCGUGCAUUAACCGCAGCAAGAGAAAAGGAGCGCUCCCUCCGAGCGGCUGAAUUGACCCACAAAUGAUAACCGCCUAGUAUUUUUCCUUUCUUCUCCCUUCGGAUAUGGAAGCAAAGAGCUGUCUUCACGACUCUUCUCUACGGGCGCCAAAAAAAAAAAAGUGGGGGUGACGCUCUAGAAACUCCAGAGUGAAAAAUGACAGCUCGGUUUCGGAAGGGACCGCGCGCUUGCGAGUUAUACACACGGAGCGCGCGGGCGCGCGCGCCCUCCCACUCCGCCACCACCACCCCUUGCAGUUCGCGCGACUUUUCACAACGGGGCAAACGCUUCUUUUUCCCGCCAAAAGCGCUGGGCCCCUGGUAGGAGGGAGGAGGCGGGGCAGCUGCCGAACACGCGAAGACUACGUUGCCCAGGCUGCACUGGGCUCGCGUUCACGUGACCCUCCCGGCUGCUUGGCGGAUCCUUCCUUCCCACCAGAUGGGAAAAUGGCAGGACUGAGCCCCGGGGAUCGCUGGGCCGAAGGAAGGCUGUCAUUGUUUCAGCAUUAAUUGAUGAGCUCAGAAGAAAUCCAUGUCCAUUGGAGGAAGUAAGAAACAAUUUUGAUUGCUGUGGCUGUAGUGACUGUAUGAGAAUGAAAAAGGAGCGUAUGUGUGACAGUGGAAGAAGCCAGUCAACAUCUGGAGAAGGCAGCAUGACCUACACCAAGGAACAGUUACUUGGAGUUCAAAGAAUAAAGGAGAGUAAGAAUUACUAUGAAAUUCUAGGCGUAGGAAGAAAUGCGAAAGAUGAAGAACUAAAGAAAGCUUACCGAAAACUUGCCCUUAAAUUUCAUCCUGAUAAGAAUUGUGCUCCAGGAGCAACAGAUGCAUUCAAAGCAAUAGGCACAGCUUUUGCAGUUUUGAGCAACCCUGAAAAGAGAUUACAGUAUGAUCAGUUUGGAGAAAAGGAAGAUACUUUUUAUACCAAUGUGCCCAACCACUAUAACUAUUACAGAGAAUUUGAAGCAGAUAUAACGCCAGAAGAAAUAUUUAAUAUGUUUUUUGGAGGGAAUUUCCCAACAGGAAAUAUACAUAUGUUUUCCAAUUCUUCAAUGGACCCCCCAUGUUAUCCACAGCGCAACAGACAUGAGAGGACAUGGGCCCAGGAUGAACAGGAGGAAGAAAUCAGACCACAGAAUUCCUACUCAGCAUUUAUCCAGUUACUGCCAGUCUUUAUUAUAAUAGCUGUUUCAAUAGUAACUCAGCUGAUGGCUACUAAUCCACCCUACAGCCUCUUCUUUAAAUCGUCUCUAGGGCACACUGUUGUUAGAGAAACACAAAACCUGCAGGUGCCUUAUUACGUGGAUAAGAACUUUGAAAAUAAUUACCAUGGAGAAGAACUUGAAGACCUUGAAAAACAUAUUGAAAAAGAUUAUAUUGAUUAUAUCCAAACUAGUUGCAGGAAAGAAAAACAACAAAAAUCAGAGUUAUCUAAUUUGGCCAAGCUGUACCGAGAUGAGCGACUGAAACAGAAAGCCGAAUCCAUAAAACUUGACAACUGUGAAAAGCUCUCCAACCUCAUAGGGAUUCAAAGGAGCCGCCAAUUGGCUGAGGCAUGAGAGAACAAUACUGUCUGUUCUGUUGGCAGGAAUUAGACUGACUUUUAUAAUGAAGAGGAAAGGCGUAGAGAGAGAAAAGCAUCCCAUACAAACCACACACGGAAUCAUUUAUGUUCAUGGAAACUGUAUAUGGACUGAGAUAUAGAGGCAGCAGUUGCUGUAGUGUGUACAGUGCAUUUCCUUUCACAGUCCAGUCGUUAUUUCAGUGUUAGUGAUUCUUCAUUUACCUUCAUUUUGUUAUAGUCUUCAUGAUGAUACUUUGCCACUGUUUAAGUGCCAACUGGGUGCUUUGCAGGAUCAUAGCCAUCAUGCUUUCUGAGCCUAUGGUUUCUCAAAUUUUACCUUGCAAGACAUCAUAAUUAGAAGAGAAAAAGAUGGCAUUAGUCUUUCAUUUAUGUAUCUAUGU